AAAUUUAUAAAUUUACAAAUUUAAGAAAUUUGAAAAAUUUUGAAAUUAACAAUAUGCAUCCUCGUCCAAAAUAUAUCCGCCUGAAUGACCCCAGGUCAUCCAAGGAAAGUUUUCACGCCGUUGUCCAAGCAAAAGUUUUCUGGGAAACAUAAUGAACAUGUAUUGUGUACAUCUACCCCUGUAAAGGUCUCUAACACAGUUCAGGCAUACAAGUAGACAUUUCACCUUAUAAAUUUUUGUUUCACACGCAAUUGCCCUACUGUUCUGACAAAUUGGACUCAUUUAUCAUUCCCUAUCUGCAAACAGUAGUUAGUAGAAUGUUAUUUAUCUUAUACUUCUAUCGCUUGUCUUUGAACACUUGAUUGUUUGGAUAUUUAGUUAACAUUCUUUGAGCUUAGGUUUGAGUAAUGUUUGAAUUAAAUGAAAUCUGUAACAGGUAUCUAGAGCUAUAGAAGCUAGGGUCAGAAAAUUACAUUGAAUAUAUUCUGUGUUAUGUUUGUAGCCUAAUCUUUCCUUAGGUAGUAAUAGAACUAUCAGUCAAAAUGUCUGCUUUUAGCUUCCUUCUUUAAAUGGUGGAAUUCUGUCACAAUGUAAUGUAAAUGUAAUUGUAAAAAUAUGAAUUAAUUUUUAUAAAAAUAAAGGAUGAUUACAUAUAUUACUUCACCCUCUAUUUAUUUGCCCUUCUAUUUUAUUUUCAAUUCAAAACUGUGCAUCAACUGGUAGUUCCAGUGUUAACCACUUUAAGCUCUGCAUCUUAUAUUAAAUUUAAAGACUUGUAAUGACUGUAUAAUUCAUGUUUGUCUGUUUGUAUGCAUGUUUGUACUACAGUACACUACAAGUACAGUUCAUUCACCUCAAGAUGAGCUCUAGCAAUUCAGGUAAAUAGUAUUUUUAUAGAAUGCUGUUGUAAACAAUUAAAAUUUACAAUUGAAUACUGCAUAAGUUAAGAGAAUAAAGAGAUAUAUAAGUAUAAACUAAUCACUGUCAUGUUCACCUUGUGGUCAACAAGCUACAUGCUGAACUUGUUGAAUUAAAUGAUAAUCUUAUAGUACUACUACAAUAACCUUUUCAUUUCUCAAUACACCAUUUUACUUGUUACAAGAUUAACCCUUUGCACUAUGAGCUUUGCACUUUGUCAGGUGCAUCAGUUACAACUAUUACAAUACUAAAACCAACAUGCUAUGUCAAUCUGGUAUCAUACAAUAACUUAUACAAACUACUUGUUCUUGAAUUCCAAAUUGAAGCAUACUAAAAAUUCCACUAAAUCAUGAAGACUACACAAAAUAAUGCAAAGGGUUAAUCAAAAAGCUGUAACACUAAAACCAAGUAAAGGGAUGCAUCAAGGAUUUUAUUGGUCCUUCUGGCAAUUAGUCGAAGCACCGAGGAUCGGAACCGCGGCGCGUUGGCGAGCGUAAUGGAUUUCGGGGGCGCGUAUGGCGCGUCGACGCGCGCGCGCUCUGCUUUGAACCCUCCUCGCGUCUCGCGGCGAAUAUCGUCGCCAGUUAACUCGUAUAUAUUUGGACGAAACACGAGGAAGCACGUACACACGCGUCAACGCCUCAUUUCGCUACUCCUCGACUCACGAUGUCGAGCUACACUUCCUGCAAGGUUUCUUCGAUUUUCGUACUCGCGAUCGCGGUACUCUGGUUAGCGAUUGCGUUUACACAGGUCGAAGCGAACGCAUUACAACGCGAUCUCUAUGGACCCGUCAGCGGAGAAUUCCUAGCUGGGUAUUUCAACGAUCACGAUGCGAAGGAAAGGGACGUCGGUAGAGGUCGAGAUCCGGAUUCGGAUCGAGCCUCCGCAAGACGUAAUUACAUUCCACGCAUGUUCGACCCCUCUUAUGGGGCGAACUUUUUAGACGAGGCGAACGCUGACGAUGCGCCGAUCAACAGCAAAUCAUUCGACUUUCUUCCAAGCGACCGAUCCUUACUCGAACCGUCUACCAAGCGCAACAUCGACGAGAUCGAUCGCACGGCUUUCGAUAACUUCUUCAAACGCAACUUCGCGAAGAUGGAUCGCGCCUCCUGGAACGAAUUCGUCAAACGACUAGCCGACUACUUGGAAAGAAGAACGAGAACGAGAACGCACUACGCAGAAAUGCUCGGAUAAUCGCGAGAUCGACUACUCAUCAACGGAACAGGUCUACGAAAUUUCAUCGCUUUUGUCCUUUCUUCCACGUUGAAUUCAAUAUAUAAAUCUUA